AAUGGGGUGAGUUCCUCCACUGUAAAGGAAAAAAAUUCACCAAUUUUGAUGAAAUUCGUAUGGAGAUUGAAGCAGAAACAGACAGAUUAACCGGUAAAAAUAAAGGCAUAUCACCGAUCCCAAUCAAUCUUCGAGUUUAUUCUCCACAUGUGUUGAAUCUGACCUUAAUUGAUCUUCCCGGUAUGACUAAAGUACCGGUCGGUGACCAGCCUGCCGAUAUUGAACAGCAAAUCCGAUCGAUGCUGAUGGAAUUUAUCACAAAACCUAGUUGCUUAAUUCUAGCAGUCACGCCGGGCAACUCUGACUUGGCAAACUCAGAUGCUCUAAAAGUUGCCAAAGAGGUGGAUCCGCAAGGCUUACGUACUAUUGGGGUAAUCACAAAAUUAGAUUUACUUGAUGAUGGUACAGAUGCACGGGAAAUAUUAGAAAAUAAACUUCUGCCUUUGAGAAGGGCUUCAGAAUGGGGUGAGUUCCUCCACUGUAAAGGAAAAAAAUUCACCAAUUUUGAUGAAAUUCGUAUGGAGAUUGAAGCGGAAACAGACAGAUUAACCGGUAAAAAUAAAGGCAUAUCACCGAUCCCAAUCAAUCUUCGAGUUUAUUCUCCACAUGUGUUGAAUCUGACCUUAAUUGAUCUUCCCGGUAUGACUAAAGUACCGGUCGGUGACCAGCCUGCCGAUAUUGAACAGCAAAUCCGAUCGAUGCUGAUGGAAUUUAUCACAAAACCUAGUUGCUUAAUUCUAGCAGUCACGCCAGGCAACUCUGACUUGGCAAACUCAGAUGCUCUAAAAGUUGCCAAAGAGGUGGAUCCGCAAGGCUUACGUACUAUUGGGGUGAUCACAAAAUUAGAUUUACUUGAUGAUGGUACAGAUGCACGGGAAAUAUUAGAAAAUAAACUUCUGCCUUUGAGAAGGGGAUAUAUUGGUGUUGUGAACAGAGGUCAGAAAGAUAUUGAAGGCCGAAAAGACAUUAAAUCUGCACUGGCAUCCGAGAGGAAGUUCUUCCUCAGUCAUCCAUCCUAUAGGCACAUGGCUGAUAGGUUAGGAACACCAUAUCUACAGAAAGCUUUGAAUCAGCAACUGACCAAUCACAUUAGAGACACGUUGCCGCAGCUACGCAGCAAACUCCAAGCACAGAUGUUGUCGAUGGAGAAAGAAGUUGCAGAGUUUAAAAAUUUUCGUCCGGAUGAUCCAUCACGUAAAACUAAAGCCAUGCUGCAAAUGGUACAACAGUUUAGUCUUGACUUUGAGAAGCGUAUUGAAGGUUCCGGUAACGAGAUUGACACGCUGGAAUUAUCAGGCGGUGCAAAGAUUAACCGAAUAUUCCAUGAAAGGUUUCCAUUUGAGCUAGUUAAGAUGGAGUAUGAUGAGAAAGAACUCAGAAGAGAAAUAAGCUAUGCUAUCAAGAAUAUCCAUGGUGUUCGAGUGGGUCUGUUCACUCCAGAUAUGGCUUUUGAGACUAUUGUGAAGCGACAAAUUGCCAGACUCAAAGAACCUGCACUGAAAUGUGUUGACAUGGUCGUUUCAGAAUUGACGAACGUUGUGCGAAAGUGUGGGGAGAAGAUGGCCCGCUAUCCAAGGCUGCGAGAUGAAACAGAACGUAUCGUGACAACGCACAUCAGGGAAACAGAACAAAAGACAAAAGAACAGGUUUUAAUGUUAGUUGAUAUCCAGUUAGCUUACAUGAACACUAAUCAUGAAGACUUUAUAGGCUUUGCUAAUUGCCAACAAAUGUCGAAUAAAAUAAAGCUAGCGAUUGCUAAUCAGGUUAUCCGUAAAGGCUGGUUAACGAUACAGAAUAUCAGUUUUAUCAAAGGUGGCUCCAAAGAUUACUGGUUCACGCUCACUGCUGAGAAUUUUUCAUGGUUCAAAGAUGAAGAGGAAAAAGACAAGAAGUACAUGUUGAUGUUGGAUGGUCUCAAACUCAGGGAUUUGGAAUCAGGUUUCAUGUCUAAGAAACACAUGUUUGCAUUAUUCAACCCUGAUCAAAGGAAUGUGUACAAAGACUAUAAACAGUUGGAAUUGUCAGCAGAUUCUGCUGAGACAGUGGACAGUUGGAAAGCAUCCUUCCUACGAGCCGGAGUGUAUCCGGAGAGACCACAAGAUGAAGAUGGGAGAAAUGAGGAUGGGGAAAAACAGAAAUCUGUCAUAUUUUGA